UUAGUGGCCUAGCAGGGGAGGCCAGAGUCCAGGGUGACUCAUCCUCCAUCUCACUGGGGCUGAGAUCUAACAGAAAACACCACUACUUCAGCCCCAGCACAGCAAAGAACCACGGAGCCCAGAAGUCACUGGGAGAGGCAACACUCCUGCUCCUUCCCUCCACCAUGGAGUACCUCUCAGCCCUGAACCCCAGCGGCCUGCUCAGGUCGGUAUCCAGUAUGGGCUCUGAGUUUGGCCGGAAAGUCUGGACUUCAGCUUCACCACCCCAGCGACCUUUCCGAGUCUGUGAUCACAAGCGGACCACGCGGAAAGGUCUAACAGCUGCCACCCGCCAGGAGCUGCUAGACAAGGCAUUGGAGGCCCUGCUCCUUAGCGGGAUGCUAGCACUGGUGCUGGAGGAGGAUGGGACCGCUGUGGAGAGUGAAGACUUCUUCCAGCUUUUGGAGGAUGACACAUGCCUGAUGGUGCUGGAGUGUGGGCAGAACUGGAGCCCCAGCAGGAGUGGGAUGCGGUCAUAUGGCCUGGGCCGGGAGAAGCCUAAGCACAGCAAGGACAUCGCCCGCAUCACCUUCGACGUAUACAAGCAAAACCCUCGAGACCUCUUUGGCAGCCUCAAUAUCAAAGCCACAUUCUAUGGGCUGUACUCCAUGAGCUGUGACUUUCAAGGACUCGGCCCAAAGAAAGUACUCAGGGAGCUCCUCCGUUGGACCUCUGCACUGCUGCAAGGCCUGGGCCAUAUGCUGCUGGGAAUUGCCUCCAGUCUCCGCCAUGUAGUAGAAGGAGCAGAGCAGUGGCACUGGCAGCGGCAGGGUCGCCUCCAUCCCUAUUGAGAAGAGGCUCUGAGCUUUCUACCCCUAGACUUGUUCCAAGAGACACACUGUGAGGACUGUGACAGCACUGGCUUUGGAAAUGUAAGGACAGUGCAGAUGAGAUGACUCACCUGAUUUCCCCGCUGUCUUCUAAGCCCAUUGUUUUAUGACAUACCAUUGUUAAGGCCUUCCAGUCCUAGCCUAUACCCUGUCCUGAAGAAUGCUCUUUCCUUCCUAGCCAUCUUUCAGGCCUCCGACUUACCCUGAAGGACCAAAGGCCCAUCGGCAUGCAUUUCGAUUCCACCCUGAUCAUUGCUACAUCUCGAUUCUUUGCACCUCCUCCUGCCCCUCAGCUUCCCAAUGCACUGAAUUCAGCUCUCUCUGCCUCUGAGACCUUGAUUUCUUUAUACCCUUCUUUCCCAAAUAACAAAACAGUUCCAAUAAAAAUAUAAAAAAGUA